UUGGUUGUCGCGACAGUCAGGAGAAGGUUAUAAAGUUUGUCUUUGCAUCACGCAAAAUCGUUGAACGAACGAAAAUAUGUUUUUGAGGACGAAAAUUUUUCUGCGCAACUCUUUCUGCAUUGCUAGAAAGGCUUUUCUUACGUCACGAAAAUUUAUGGCAUUUUAUUCACUCAAGGAGGUCAACGAGGCAAAUAAAAUCAGAGAACUUUCCACUCUUCUAGACGCACAACUAGAUCCUUCGACCCUUGGUUUAAAGAAAAAGGUAUUGAUUGAUAGUAUUGACUCAAGUGUCGAUGAGAGAUGUUUAAGGGUGAAUUGGAGUGAUGGUUCAUUCUCAAGAUAUCCAUAUGCAUUUUUACGUAAUAACUGCAAAUGUCCUCAAUGUUACGAUCCAGCCUCAAAUCAAGUACUUUUCAAUACAAUCAAAGAUUUGACUUUGGAUACCAAAGCAAAAGCACUUACAAUUUCUGAUGAUGGAAAAUUUGUGAAUUGUACGUGGCAAGAUGAUCAUCACAGUACAUAUUCUCUAGAAUGGCUUUAUAAAAUGAGAAUGCCAGAACAAAAAAAAGAACGUAAUAAGGACAGUAUAGUUAAAGAUGAGCUAUUUUUGUGGAACAGAAAACUGAUGCAAGAACAAAUACUUCGCUAUGAUUAUCAUGCAUUGAUGAAUGAAGAUCAAAUGUUGUUUGAUUUUUUGUACAACUUUUACCAACAAGGAAUAAUUUUGAUGGAAAAUGCUCCGUUAAGACCAGACGUCAUCAUGGAGAUCGCUCAACGCUUUGGAUACCAUAAAAAUACGCAUUAUGGGAUAAAUUUUGAAGUAAAAGAAACACUAAGCCCAUCAAACUUGGCUUAUACGAACAAACAAUUACCUUUACAUGUUGAUCUUCCUUCGAUGAAUAAUCCUCCUAAUGUUCAAGUGCUGCAUUGCAUCAAGCAAAGCUCUGGUGGUGGAGAUAGCUUAUUUCUUGACGGGUUUUAUGUGUCCAAGAAUAUUUUUCUCCAAGAUGCGAGAGCAUUUGAACUACUGAGAAGCUUUUAUGUGCCAUUUGUGGAUAUUGGUUCGACGCUUUCGGGGAUUUCAAAUUUGGAUGCUCUCACAGUAUCAAAGUUAUUUGGAUCUGAUUUUCUAAAAAUAAACAAACAUGGCCGGAUCUCAAGUUUCAAAUACAACGGAUUUGUGGAGUCAGAAUCUAAAGGUGAUUGUACUCCAGACGAACUGCUUGAGUAUUACGAUGCUCUAUUUGUUCUUACAUCUCAUUUGAAAGAUCCCAAGAGCAUUAUUGAUCAUCGUUUGAAGCCUGGUCAAAUCAUUAUGUUUCACAAUGAUCGAGUUUUACACGGAAGAAGUAAACUGGUUUCGCCACAAAAGAAAUUAAAUGAAAGAUGGUUGCAAGGUGUAUAUUUUGAGUGGGAUGUCAUUUUUUCAAAACUUCGAAGUCUGCAGGAAAAACUUGGUCUUCUUACUCCAUAUUUACCCGAGCAGGUUGACGAAUUUUUUUGAAGAAAUCAUGCAGAGAUCAAUAUAUUUUCUAUCUCUCCGGAAACAACGAAACGUGUUUCAUCUAUUGAUUUUCUGACAUUUACUAUCCUCGUUCCCAGGCGCUUUCGCGUACUUCUUUUUUAUACGUGGGCUGCCCGCAAAACAAAUCGCUCAUUCAGACGUCGGGUUAUUAUUGUAGGCCUGGGGACGAGGUAGGACAUUUACUGUAAAAGGAUCGGGCAAUCAGGACCCGCUUGCACAAAGACCGAAUAGCAUUAUCCACUGGAUAGCAAAUAUUUUAGAAAAUUCGAAAAAUCUCCUUUAAGGGAAAAAUAUACGAUUUGAACUGAGCAA